CCAGGAGACUGGACGCACUAACACUGGUUUCUGUUCUGAGACGGCUGAGGAGGUGCUGGUGCUCUCGGGGGAACAUGUCUCAGGACUGGGGGAUCUGCCGCCUCUUGCCCAUUAUUAUUGUACUGGUCACAGCCUUGGUGACCAGUGCAGGUGCAGAUGAUCCUCUUUUUGAAUGCCUGAAAGACCCUGAUUAUGAAGAACUUUGUGAGAUCAUGGAUCAUGGUCUCUCCCGUACAACGACUCCUCGAAGUGUGGCUGUUAUUGGUGGAGGCAUUGCUGGACUUACAGCAGCUAAGGUUCUGCAGGACGCUGGACACAAGGUUACAAUCAUAGAAGCAAGUGAUCAUAUAGGUGGAAGAAUCCAGACAUACAGGAAGAAAAAUGAGGGCUGGUAUGCAGAAUUUGGUGCCAUGAGGAUCCCAGGGUUUCACAGGAUUCUCUUGGAAUUUGUGUCAAAGAUGAAGCUGAAGCUGAAUCCUUUCAUUGAAGAAGACAUUAACACUUACUAUUAUGUAAAUGGGCUGCUUCUAAAAACCUACACAGUGAAAGAAAACCCAGAUAUGCUGAACUACACCUUAAACAAGCGGGAGAAGGGGAAAUCAGCCAGUGAACUCUUUGACAUGGCAUUGAAGAAGAUAAGAGAUGACGUGAAGAAAGACGGCUGCAAAAAAACGAUGGAUAAGUAUGAUUCCUAUUCUGUUAAGGAGUAUUUAGUAAAAGAGGCUAACCUGAGUCGAGAAGCUUUGCGUAUGAUUGGAGAGAUCCUUAAUGAGGACAGCUUCUUUUAUACAAGCCUCACAGAGACGCUCUAUCUCCAGUCAGACAUCAGUGAUAAUACAGAAUAUUUCGAAGUCUCAGACGGGAUGGACCACAUACCCAGAAAAUUUUAUGAAGUACUCAAUGGCACAAUCCUCCUCAACUCAACAGUCAAACGCAUUAGUCAAACCAGCAGCAGUGUUACGGUUUCAUACAAAGACGGGCGCAACCCCUCCGCUUUAAUCAGCCGCACAUUUGACUAUGCCUUGGUGACGACUACAGCCAAAGCUUGUCUCUUCAUGGAUUUCCAGCCUCCUCUGUCGGUCCGGAAGAUGGAAGCUCUGCGCUCCGUGCACUACUCCAGCUCCACCAAGGUUGUGCUGAGCUUCAGUGAGAGAUUCUGGGAGAAAGAAGGCAUUAAAGGAGGGAGAAGCAUCACUGAUAUGCCUUCAAGGUUCAUUUACUACCCCAGCCAUACCUUCCCAGGGAUGCAAGGGGGCGCCCUGCUGGCCUCCUAUACCUGGUCUGAUGACUCCACGCUUUUCCAGGGGACGCAGGAAGAUGAGCUGAUGGCCAUAAUGUUGGAUGACUUGGUGAAGAUCCACGGGGAGGGCAUCCGGCGACUCUUCACUGGCGGUGUUGUGAAGAAGUGGGCGCAGGAUCCUUACAGCCAUGGGGCCUUUGCCAUCUACACUCCCUACCAGAAAACUCACUAUGCCCACGAUCUGUUCAAGAGCGAGGGGAGGAUUCACUUCGCUGGAGAGCAUACAGCGAUGCCUCAUGGCUGGAUUGAGACGGCUAUGAAGUCUGCUCUUAGAGCUGCCAAGAACAUAAACAUGAUCCUGUAGUAUAAAAAUGCCAAAUGUGUAUCUGGUCAGUAGGCCUGUCACAAUUAUUACAUGAUUGAUUGUUCACAAUUAUUUGAGCUGAUCACAAAUAAUUAAGCUGACUACAAUUAUUUUUAGCUUUCACAAUCAUUUGCUUAUGAUUUAGAAUGCGAAGGCAGGUGCGCUUUUAUUAGUUGGAUUGAUGCAAAUACAUGUAAAUCAGAAUCAGAAUCAAGCUUUGUUGGCCAGGUCUGCUACACAUACAAGGAAUUUGGUUUUGGUUA